AUGGAGGUGAACAAUCAGCAGUUCGUUCAGUGGAUGCCGCUUGGCAACCAGCUGGGUCCCCAACCGACAACAUUCCUGGUGGCUGUGUAUACGGUCUUUGGUGGCAUUUCCGUCGUGGAUGGCCGGCUCGAGUUUGGCAUGUUUGUCACCAAUAUCGGGGUAUUCAAUACUGCUGGCACAGCUGGUGCAGAGCUCUGCCACGUCUUGCUGUCGAUGCAGAAAGUUGCACCAUCCCUGGACCGCAUGGUCCGCUUCUUGAACUUGCCCACGGACCUGCUACAUCGUCGAGAUUUGGAGCGUCAUCGUCGCUUAGCGACUGCGGAGUUCAUCAAGGAGAAGACCGAAGGAGAUCCCGAUGUGGAUCCAGGAUUUGCGGUGGACAAGCUGAGCUUGGCCAUCAGCAACCUUCAGUUCUCAUAUCCGGGCAACCAGCCUGUAUCUUUUGAUGGAAGGUUGGAGUUCCCACAGGGUCGCCUUCUGGCCAUUGUGGGUGCGCGCCACUCCGGCAAGUCGACGCUGCUGAGGAUUCUUGCGGGGCGAAACCUGCCCCAGCUGCUGAAACCUGGGGCCCUCUUUUUCGUUCCCGCGCACCUUCAAGUUCUGUAUGUUCCACACACAGUCCUUUUCUUUCACGGUAGCCUGUAUGCCAACCUGGUGUACGGCAGCAGGCAUGCUGAGGAUGCUUCCAUGCAGCGGGUCCUGAACAUCUGCGAAAGCCUCCAUCUGGGACCGAAGAUCUUGGAGGAGAUCAAGUCACAGGCAGAGAUCAAGGAGCGCGACUGGAGUAACAAGCUCUCCGCCACUCAGUGCCAGGCACUGUCGUUGGCCCGAGCCUUCAUUGCAAACGCAGAGCUCAUGUGCCUGGAAAAGCCCACGGAGCAGGUCGGGGCGUCACAUGGCCAGCAGUCCAUGGCAUCAUGGCAUCAUGGCAUCUCAUGGCAUCUCAUGGCAUCAGUCUCGUGGCAGUUCCAUGACGAAGACGUCAAGCGGAUCUGCAAGCUCUUUGGCUGCUUACUUUUCACUGAAGCUAGCGGCUACCCACAGCUAGGCUUGAGCCAAUGUUGUCAGCGCCUGGCGGCCAUGUGA